GGCUGCAGGAGAGGAGUCGCGGCCGCCGCUGCGAUCAGUAAGUCGCGUGUAUGUAACCAUGGACAAGCCUGGCCACCUUGCCUGCCCUGGGCUGCUGGAGCUGUGGGCGGCUGAGUGAGGAGCUUCGAGCUCCUGGUAUGGGCAGCGUGGGCAGCGGAGCCUCCAGUCAGCGGGCCAUCACCAUGCGCAGUGUGGGCACGCGGACCACCCCCAACGGGCCCCUGGCGCCCGCGCUGCCCCCGAACUCCGUCCGCCGUCGCUUGGACGAUCGCAGCUUCAGCGCAGACCGCCUGCCCGCACCGGCCACCAAAACAGCGGGAGUCACUGCCAACGAGCACUCGGAGCGCACAGCCACGUCACAUAACGCCAACAGGCAGCACGUCGUCAACGGGGAGCGACUGCUCUCGAACGUUUCAUUUUCCAACGGGCCGGUGAGGAGAGAACCGGGCCACAGGAGAGGCGAGAGUCUGGAUCUGUGUGGGAACAGCAUUAUUUUCAACAACAACAAUAAUGACAACAAGAACAGCAGCCAUCAAGCAGCAGCUCAACAGCAGCAGCAGCAGCACAAGGACAAGAGUAAAGCAAAGACGGACAACCAGAAUCCCCCGAACAUCCUGCCCAUCUCUGGCAAACUGGAGCAAGCACAGGACCCUGAUGCACUGGUCCGUCCCUCUGCCUUCAAACCCGUUGUGCCCAAGAGCUUUCAUUCCAUGCAGAACCUGGUAUGCCCUCUUCAGGCCAGCAUGGGUGCAGGAGGGGGCACACCGGGCAGCGGUGGAGCUGAGAGGAGAGGCCAGGGCACCGCCGGAAUCCGUAAAGAUGAAGAAAGUCAGAAUAAUCGAGGAACGCACUCUGGUGGGGGCAAUCGAGGUGGGCAGGGCAGCCUGUCGGACUCUGGCAGGAACUCGCUGACCAGCCUGCCCACCUACGCAGGCGCGGGCUCUGGCUAUGGCCCCCCUCCUGCUCUCGGGCCUCUCAGUGCCUCUACCAGCCACAUUAACCGCCUGGGUACUGCCAACGCCGGCCUGGACAAGCCAGACAAGCCAGGCUACCAAAAUGGCCUCAGCGCCUCCGACAGCGGCCACUCGUCCUCGGGCAAGAGCUCGUCAUCGUACCAACGUCUCAGCCAUUUGAGCGAUGCGCCGGCGCCCCUCCGACCCUCACCGUCCUCCGAUGACGUCAUUCGUGACCUGGAGGAUCGCCUGUGGGAGCGAGAGCAAGAGGUGCUCCACAUGCGGCGGAACCUUGACCAGAGCGAGGCAGCGAUCGUGCAGGUGUUUGAGGAGAAGCAGCGGGUUUGGGAGCGAGAGAUGGAGGAUAUGAGGCAGAAUUAUGCCGGGCGUCUGCAGCAGGUGACCCGCCGUGCCCAGCGCUCUCAACAGGCCCUACAGGCCCAGAUCAGCCGUCUGCAGCAGGACAAGCGCAGACUACAGGACGAGAUGACGCUGCUCCUGGCCCAGCGAGAGGAACUGGAAAAAAAGUGUCUGGACUACAGGAAGGAGCAGGCUGACCUCCUGCCCAAACUGGAAGAGACCAAGUGGGAGGUGUGUCAGAAAGUUGGUGAGAUCUCCUUACUGAAGCAGCAGUUGAGAGAAAGCCAGGGUGAAGUGACCCAGCGCGCUGGAGAAAUGGUGGCACUCAGGAACCAGCUGAAAGAGCUGAACGCCAAGCUGAGGGAGCGGGAACAGGCCGAGGUCAGCCUGAAAGAGUCCUUCUGCACCAAGACGCUGGAGCUGGAGCGCUGCGAAGCAGAACUACAGGCAAUGCUGGCCGAGGUGACCGUGUUGAGAGACAAGCUGAGUGCAUUUGAGUCGGAGGUGGCCGGACUGAAGAAAGCUUUAAACGAACUCAGUAGCGGCACUAACACUCGCCCCUCUGAGACCACGCUGGCUGAAAUGGGUCAGCUGGUGCUGUCCCGUAGCCGGGAACGCCUCCUGUCACCCCUGGGCCCGCCUGGGACGCCCACCUCACUGCCUCCUCUCCCUGCCCUGCCCCCUGUUCCAUCGCUGCCCUCUCUGCACCCUCUUCCUGCGCUGCCUGCCCCGGACUCUCUUCUCAACCUGCAGAGCGACGACUCCAAAGUCCAGCUGCAGGAGGCAGGAGACCUGCGGCGCCAGCUGGAGAUGCUUCAGGGUGAGUUACGUCUAGAGCGGCAGCAGCGUGAGCGUCAGGCGCUAACCUUCGCCCAUGAGCGGCAGACCUGGCAGGGGGAAAAAGAGCGGGUGCUUAAGUAUCAAGCGCAGCUGCAGCUUAGCUAUGUGGAGAUGCUGCAGAAGAACCAGGCACUAGAGGAGCGAGUCGAUCGGCUCGGGGCCCAGAUGAAUGCUCCGGCCUUAGCCUCACCGGUCACGCCGACUUCUACCAUUUCGGCCAGUCUUGAGGUGCCAACGUCAGCGCCCGUAACCGUCUCAAUCACCUCUCCAACUCCACCGGUGGAGGAGAAUAAGGUGCCCUCGCUGCACCAGCUGGUGCCCCAGUGGCCCGUUCCCACUCGUCUGGAGAGGAUCGAGUCGACGGAGAUCUGACGCCAGCGAUUGUGACCUCUUUGAUGCAGUACAAAAAACUUAAAGCACCAGAAACUAUAGCGUAAAGUACAAACCCUCCCGAAACUAAAGUCACGUUUUUAACGGUCCAAGGAUGCCCUGCUGAGCAAGACAGACGUCAGGGUUGAGUGGAAAAGCACCAAUGAUACGUUAGUGUGGCCUUAUUUGAAACGAUUUGUAAUUUAGAAGAUUGGUUUGAGAGCUUAAGGUGGUAGAAAGAGCUGGCCCUAAGUCUGUAGCCAAGAGGAAGUGAAAACCUGGAUGAAACACUCAGGGGAUACGGGAUCAGGCAUUGAUAAUCCAGAUUUAAGGCUAGACUUGUUAGCGGGAGAGUAUCAACGGGAUGCCAGCUCUCAAAGAACAUUUAUGAUUAUAAAUCUCGGACAUAUAAUCCAAUAUUAAUCUUCAACGAGAUGUUAAU